AUGGCUUCUACAUCGGAUCCUUCCCGCCGGCAGUACGACGUGUUUCUCAGUUUCCGAGGUGAAGACACGCGCCAUUCCUUCACCUGCUACCUCCACGAUUUUCUCCGCCGGAAAGGGAUCGAUGCUUUCAUCGACGAGGAACUCUGGCGAGGCAACGAUCUCUCAGGGCUUUUCGAAAGGAUAGAGCAAUCAAAGAUCUCGAUCGUCGUUUUCUCAGAGAAUUACGCGAAUUCCUCAUGGUGCUUAGAGGAGCUCGCGAAGAUCAUGGAGUGUAAAAAGACCUUAGAUCAGGUGGUUUUACCGAUCUUCUACAAAGUUCCGACGUCUGACGUAAGGUACCAGACGGGGAGUUUUGGAGCUCCGUUCGAGAGAUCUGAAGCGAAUUUCCAUGGAUUUCAACACAGAAUCCCGGCAUGGAAGGAAGCCUUAAGAGCUGCUUCUGAUAUCGCCGGCUAUGUUCUACCGGAGAAAAGCCCGGAGUGCGACUUUGUCAACAAAAUUGCCAAAGAAACGUUCAAGUUGCUAAACAAGAUGUCACCAUCUGAAAUUCGAGGUUUUCCGGGGAUUGAAUCGCGUAUGAUAGAACUGGAAAAGUUAAUGGGUUUUGAAGAGACAGGUACAGUGCGAACUGUUGGGGUUCUUGGGAUGGCUGGAAUUGGUAAGACCACUGUUGCAGACUGUGUGUAUAAGCGAAACUACGGCCGCUUUGAUGGUUAUUGCUUUCUUGCAAAUGUUCAUAACGAAUCCAAACUACAUGGAGUAGAUCACUUGCAGCAGAAACUCCUCUGUAAGUUACUAGAUGAAGAAAAUCUUGAUGUUGGAGCUCCUGAAGGAGCACACGAAGCCUUGAAGGACCGUCUUCGGAACAAGAAACUCUUUAUUGUGCUCGAUGGUGUGACCAACGAAAAACAAAUCAGACUUCUUAUUGGGGGAGAAGGAAGUGAGCUGUACCGAGAAGGCACUCGGAUUGUUGUAACAACAAGGGACAGGAAACUACUAGACAAGGUUGUGAAUGAAACUUAUGUGGUUCCGAGAUUGAGCGGAAGAGAAUCUCUAGAGCUUUUCUGCUUGAGUGCAUUUUCUGGUAAUCUCUGCGCCACACCAGAGCUCAUGGAUCUAUCAAACAAGUUUGUGGAUUACUCUAAUGGGCAUCCAUUAGCUUUGAAGUUGUUAGGUUCUGAUCUAUGUCAAAGAGAUAAGUUGUAUUGGGUGAAGAAAUUGGAGAAGUUGCAGAAAAGGCCAGACGGGAAGAUUCAAGAAGUACUCAAAGUGAGUUAUGAGGAACUAUGCCUGGAAGAGAAGAGCAUCUUUCUAGAUGUUGCGUGUUUCUUCAGGUCGGAAAAGUUUGAUUUCGUUACGAGUAUUCUGAGCACUUGCCUUGUUGAUGCGUGUAAUGUGAUAAAUGAUCUUGUUGAUAAGUGUUUGGUGACCAUUUCUGAUAACCGGCUUGAGAUGCAUGAUCUACUGCUGAAAAUGGGGAAGGAAAUUGGUUAUGAAGCAUCCAUCAAAGAGGCAGGUUUACGCGGUCGUUUAUGGGACCAAGAAGAUAUUUGUCGCGUUUUAAAGUAUAAAACGGGCACUGCUGAAAUCAGAGGCAUCUUCUUAGAUAUGUCUAAUGUAGAAAGCAUGAAGCUAAGUGCUGAUAUAUUCACGGGAAUGCCAAGUCUCAAGUUCCUGAAGUUCUACAAUUCUCAUUGUUCCAAGUGGUGUGAGAAUGAUUGUAGAUUUCGUUUUCCCAAAGGUCUUGAUUGCUUUCCAGACGAGCUGGUGUAUCUCCACUGGCAAGGGUAUCCUCUGGAGUAUCUUCCAUUGAACUUCAACCCGAAGAAACUCGUUGAUCUUAAUCUGCGUUAUAGCAACAUUGUGCAACUCUGGGAAGAUGAGAAGAACACAAGAGAGUUAAGAUGGGUCGAUCUCAGCUAUUCAAAAGAGUUGCUGAAUCUAUAUGGCUUGUUAGAAGCUAGUAAACUCGAGAGAUUGAAUCUUGAAUGCUGCACAAGUUUAACCAAGUGUUCAUCGAUCCAGCAGAUGGACAGUCUUGUUUCACUGAAUCUCAGAGAUUGCAUAAACCUCAAGAGUCUUCCAAAGAGAAUCAACUUGAAGUCCCUGAAGUUUCUUAUCCUCAGUGGCUGUUCAAAACUGAAGAAAUUCCCAACUAUUUCAGAAAACAUAGAGUCUCUAUAUUUGGAUGGCACUGCAGUCAAAAGAGUUCCUGAAUCCAUAGAGAGUCUCCAGAAACUUUCCGUGUUAAAUUUGAAGAAGUGUUGCAAGCUGAUGAGUCUUCCUGACAACUUUUGCAAGCUGAAAUCUCUGAAAGAACUGAUUCUCUCUGGUUGUUCAAGGCUAGAGAGUUUUCCGGACAUCAAUGAGGACAUGGGAAGCUUAGAGAUUCUGCUCAUGGAUGAUACCGCCAUCAAACAAACUCCCAUAAGAAUGUGUAUGAGUAAUCUCAAGCUGUUUUCAUUUGGUGGAUCUAAAGUCCAAGAUCUAACGUGUCUGGAAUUGCUGCCUUUCUCUGGCUGCUCUCGUCUAUCAGACAUGUAUCUCACAGAUUGUAAUCUGUACAAGUUGCCAGACAACUUUAGCUGCUUAUCCUUGCUGCAGACGUUAUGCUUGAGUAGAAACAAUUUCGAGAAUCUACCUGGAAGCAUCAAGAAACUUCAUCACCUCAAGUCUCUUUACUUGAAGCAUUGUCAGAAGCUCGUUUCUCUUCCAGUGCUUCCAUCAAAUCUGCAGUACUUGGAUGCUCAUGGCUGUGUCUCACUCGAAACAGUAGCAAAACCCAUGACGCUUCUUGUGGUAGCUGAAAGGACUCAUUCUACUUUCGUGUUCACAGAUUGCUUCAAGCUAAACAGAGAUGCGCAAGAAAAUAUUGUGGCUCAUACUCAACUAAAGAGUCAGAUACUGGGGAAUGGAUCUCUUCAACGUAAUCAUAAGGGACAAGUUUUGGAGCCUUUAUCAGGUGUAAGUUUUCCAGGAAACGAUUUGCCAUUAUGGUUCCGCCAUCAGAGAAUAGGAUCUUCCCUGGAAACCCAACUGCCUCCACACUGGUGCGACGAUAAAUUCAUUGGACUAUCUCUCUGCGUAGUUGUCUCGUUCAGUGACUAUGAAGAUAAAACCAGCAGGCUCUCAGUAAUAUGCAAGUGCAAGUUCAGAAACGAAGACGGUGAUUCCAUUAGCUUUACUUGUAACCUUGGGGGGUGGAAAGAGCAGUGUGGAUCAUCUAGCCAAGAAGAAGAGCCAAGAAAACUUAGCUUUGAUCAUGUGUUCAUCAGUUACAACAACUGUUUCCAUGCCAAGAAAAGCCAUGAUCUCAACAGAUGUUGCAAUACCACCGCUUCGUUCAAAUUCUUUGUUACCGAUGGUGUUGCCAAAAGAAAGCUGGAUUGCUGUGAGGUGGUGAAGUGUGGGAUGAGCUUGUUGUACACACCGGAUGAGAAUGAUUAUAGGUUGCAGGGGUUACAGGAGAAUAACCUCGAGGAAACGGUAUAUGGAGAAGAAACAGAUGUAAAUGAAACCGAUGUGGAUGAAGCUGUUGUGUCCAAGAGAGGCCGUUUCUGUGUACAAGAAGAAGAGAUACUGAAUGGGAAAAGGAUAAAGGAAGAAAUCUCUUUUGUUGAUUAUGAGUGUUCUGUUCUUCGUUACAUGGAGCCAACAAAGUCUAAUACCUGGAAUAAGUAG